UAGCGGAUCCAGUCCCCCCUUCAUGGACUCUCUCACCUCACCCCCUCGUGUGCUUCUCUAUCUAUGAAAUUAUUUUUUAAUAAAUUAAUAAUUAUUUUUCCAGGCCUUUAUAUGCACCAGCAGCUCCAUUGUUUCUCUUCACCAGAGAACUCCAUAGAGAGAGUGUAAACAAAAAUGGUAGGCGUAUUCAGUCGCUCAUUUUCUUUCCCAAACAAAAUCAAUCCCAACCGUCCAUCAAAACCCCCAAUCUCUCACCACACCAGAUGCGUCAGUCUCCCAUGCAGAUCACACCCGUUGAUCUCCCACCUCAAAGAUGAGAUCAACGACUUGAAAUCCUGGUCUAAUUCCAAGCCAGAAACCCGUAAUUCGGCUUGGAUCUGCGACGGCUUGAGCCGGCUCAAAGACCUCCACGACUCACUCGACGAUCUCCUCCAAAUCCCUCAAACUCAAGAGUCCCUCCGCCGCCAGCCAUAUUUAGUCGAGAACCUUCUAGAAGACUUUCUCAAAUUCGUCGACGUUUACGGCAUUUUCCGAACUUCCGUUUUAUCAUUCAACGAAGAAGUAACGGCGUCUCAGGUGGGUAUAAGAAAAAGAGACGAUUUAAAAGCGGCGUUGUACAUCAAAGCCCGUAAGAGAUUGAUUAUAGAAAUGAACAAACUCGUGUCCACCGUCCGAUCCAUAUCGGUUCCUGCACCGGCUUUGAUCACCGUCGGUGAUGCUGAAGUCGCCGGUGUUACCGGAGACGUAGUUGAAGUGACAGCAUUGGUAUCGACGACGCUUUUUAACGGAAUCUCGUCGUCGUUCGGGGCGAGGAAGUCGUGGCGUUCUGGACUAGGAUUGUCGAAGAAGGUGAAGGUUGAAGGAGGGAUUGAAGAGUUUGAAAAAAUUGGAGCGGAGAGUUUGUUGGAAUUGAAGAAGAAGAAAGAUGAAGAAAUCAAGAUGGUUUUGAAGAGAAUGCAAGAGUUAGAGAGUUGCAUUGGAAGGAUUGAGAGUUGUAGUGAAAGAGUGUUUAGAGGUUUGAUAAAGUCUAAGGUUUCACUACUCAAUACACUUACGGACAGAUAAAACCCGAUACAAUUAGAGGUGUAAUUUUGUUUCAGUUUUUUUUCUUUUAUUUAUUUAAAUAUGAGCAAAAUACUGAAAUAGUGUAUAUUCUUGAGUUAUUGUAAAAUAUUAAUGACUGGGUACACAUUAAGGAAAAAAUAAUAUUUUGCUAUCUUUUCGAUCAA